AUGUCAUCAUCCAUAUUUAUCCUAGAUGAAACCUUAGAGCCCAUAAUCUGCAAGAAUAUCAGAGCCCUACCGAAUCUUCCCUCCCUAGUGACAAAAUUCCAAGAAUUAUAUAGAAGUAAUGGGGUCAGUCCGUUGCCCAUUCUUAACGAUAUCGAUUGGCAAUUCUUGCAUAUUAAGAGGGAUUCAUUGGUCUUUUUGUCAGUUGUGGAGAACAAUUCUCGAUGUAAUUUGUUGGGAGUGUUUACAUAUUUGGAAGAAUUCUAUAAGCUUCUGAAGGAUUAUCUUCAUGUGGGUAUAUUGAAUAGAAAUUUAUUGAUAGAUAAUUUCUUGGUGGUUAUCGAGUUGAUCGAUGAAAGUUUAGAUUUUGGUGUGGUACAAUUCACUGAUUCGAGUUUGAUUAAGGAUUACGUUCGUGUUAAAGUCAAUUUACCUGAAUUGAACCCGGAUGUCGCUUCCAUACCUGAUGAGGAAAGUGCCUCAGAUGAUGAUGAAGACAUUAAAAGGAAACAUAAGCAUAAGCAUAAGAGUAAACACAAAAAGAAGAGUAAAGCGACGAAAUUAUUAGAAAAGGAAAAUCUGCAAGAAGCACUUAGGAAGAAUAAGGCAAAGGUCGUUGAUAGUAUUAAAGAAAACAUCUUAAAUGAGGAACGAUGGAGGUUUGGUGGUACUGAUGAGGAGAUCAAUGAUGAUGAAGAUAUUAAUGACAGAUACAUGAAUAGUUACAUUGCUAAGACGACGAUAAUGCCAAUUUCAUGGAGAACUAAAGGUAUUCAUUACGGUAAGAACGAGUUUUUCCUUGAUGUCAUUGAGAAAGUGGAAUAUUUUAUGGAUUUUAAGAGUGGAGUGAUAAGGAAGAAUUUAAUUCAUGGAGAAAUUAUUUGUCGAUCGUAUCUUUCUGGAAUGCCCAAAUUAAAGAUUUCCAUUAAUAAGAUUCUGAAACAGGAUGUACAAUUCCUGUCGAACGUCAAAUUCCAUCAAUGUGUAUCUUUAGAUUCCAUUCGUGCUAGAAGUAAUCCACCUGCUGUUGAAGAAGAUGGAAAGAAAAAGAACGAAGAGGCUGAUACCUUGGGGAACAAGGGAGAAAUUGAAUUCAUACCACCGGAUGGAGAAUUUUUACUUUGCAAAUAUGAACUGAAAAGACAUGUUAAAGAUCAGCCAAUGAUUAAAUUGAGAAAUUUUGAAAUCAUCCCCAAAUUGCAUAAAUUCAAGAUUAAGAUUCAUGUUAUCAUUGAGACACAUUUCAAGACUACCAACUCGACAUCCAAAUUGAAUCUUCGAAUCCCCAUUACGAAUUUAUUCCAAAGUUAUCGAAUAGAUUUAAGCAAACAACCUAAAUUUAAAUGUGAGCAGGGGACGGUCCUAUUUAAUCUGAGUGAUAAAUUCUUAUUGUGGGAAGUUGGAACGAUGAAUGGUGGACACGGAGAGAACACAUUAUCAAUGAUGGCGGAAUUCGCACUAUUUAACGAGGAAGAAUAUAAGAAAAUGGAAGAAGAGAGGAAGACCUCCAUGAAUCCACCACCGUUACGUGAGGGUCCCAAAUUGGAGGAGUUAUACAAGAAGAUACAUGAAGAGGGUGAUUCUGAUGAGGUGUCAACCAGAAAGAAGAACGAGUCGUUACUCACCAUGGAUUUCGAAGUUCCGUACUGCACCUGUAGCGGGCUAAAGAUCGAAUACUUGAAGAUUGAAGAGGACCAGUUGCAAUACCAAUCAUUCCCCUGGGUACGAUACAAGACAAUUAGUGACGACGAGUAUGCCUUUGCCGUAUGA